UUGUUGCUUUGGAGAAACUGGGGCUCAGGGAGGGCAGGUGGAGCUGAGCUGCGUGCUAAAGCCCCAGCAUGCCUUCUGGGUGGGAUCCUGUCCCCCUCCCAGCUGUUCUAGCCCUUGAUUAGGGGGUGGGGGAUGCCUGGGGUCUACUGUGGAGCAGGGCCAGGCUCACAUCCCUGCACCUGCCACCACCCCACGUAUUCCUGGGGGACACCCCUUGCCCACCUCCCUGUGGGACACAGCCUGGCUGGCAGAAGAGUCCCCCAGAAGGGCAGCCAUGGGAGCACCCAUGAGCUGCUCCCCCUUUCACCUCCACAGCCACGAGGGUCCUGGGGAUGGGGUACCCCCCUUUUGUUGGUACAGCACAGCACUGCAACACUGGCACCCCAUCUUUGGCAUGGAGGUCCCUGUACCCGAGUGUGUUGUAAGCACCCUGUGUCCCAGAUCCUGGCUGGCUGAGUGCUUCCCCCGGCAGCUGAGGGUGCAUUUUGAUCUCCUUACGCAACAUGCGCCUGCUUCCUCUUCACUCCCACUUCAAUGGCAUUUCCCCUACUCCCGUGAGGCCAGCCCUCCCUUCUCACUCUGUGGGACAUUGUCCCCUGUCCCCUCAGCCACUCAGGCAGAAGCGUUGGCAUGUGAUGGAAAGCGACAAGCAGACAUGCUCCCACGCCUGGGUGAGAGUGCCUCGUGUUCACACGUGUGUAAGGCAAAGGAGAGGGAAGGGGCCUCCCAAACCGGGGGAACCAAGACUGCGUUCAUAGGGGCCUCAGCAGGUCCCUGAACAGAGGCCAAGAGCAGAGUUACAGCACUGGCAGGAGCCCCAUGCCCCCGCAGCGCCCUGGCACUCAGGACCAGACCUACCUGGAUGAGCUCAUCAGCAUCCCCAAGGGCAGCGGGCCUGGCUUCAGCUUUAGGAAACUCUGGGCUUUCACCGGCCCCGGCUUCCUCAUGAGCAUCGCCUACUUGGACCCAGGCAACGUGGAGUCAGACCUGCAAGGCGGGGCGCUGGCGGGAUUCAAGCUGCUGUGGGUGCUGCUGUGGGCCACCGUCCUGGGGCUGCUGUGCCAGCGCCUGGCCAUCCGUCUGGGCGUGGUGACCGGGAAGGACCUGGGCGAGAUUUGCUACCUCUAUUACCCUAAGGUGCCCCGUGUGCUGCUCUGGCUCAUGAUUGAGAUCGCCAUCAUCGGCUCCGACAUGCAGGAGGUGAUAGGGACAGCCAUUGCUUUCAGCCUGCUCUCAGCUGGCCGCAUCCCCCUCUGGGGUGGGGUCCUCAUCACCAUCGUGGACACCUUCUUCUUCCUCUUCCUUGAUAAGUACGGGCUCCGCAAACUGGAAGCUUUCUUCGGCCUCCUCAUCACCAUCAUGGCCCUGACCUUUGGCUAUGAGUACGUGGUGGUGAGGCCAAGGCAGGUGGAGGUGCUGAAGGGCAUUUUCCUGCCCAGCUGCCCAGGCUGUGGGCGAAAGGAGCUGCUGCAGGCCAUGGGCAUCGUUGGUGCCAUCAUUAUGCCCCAUAACAUCUUCCUCCACUCCUCCUUGGUCAAGACACGGAUGAUUGACCGGUCCAAGAAGGAGGCAGUGCAGGAGGCCAAUAUGUAUUUCCUGAUCGAGUCCUGCCUGGCCCUCUUUGUCUCCUUCCUCAUCAACCUCUUUGUCAUGACUGUCUUUGGCGAGGCUUUCUACCACCAGCGAAAUGAGGACGUGUACAACAAGUGCGUCAACAGCAGCAUCAGUCACUACGCCAGCAUCUUCCCCACCAACAACGAGACAGUCUCUGUGGAUAUCUACCAGGGGGGCGUCAUCCUGGGCUGCUAUUUUGGGGCAGUGGCAUUGUACAUCUGGGGCAUCGGGAUCCUGGCAGCAGGACAGAGCUCCACGAUGACUGGGACUUACGCAGGGCAGUUCGUCAUGGAGGGCUUCCUGCAGCUCCGCUGGUCCCGCUUCACCCGGGUGCUCUUCACCCGCUCCUUUGCCAUCCUGCCCACUGUCUUCGUGGCUGCUUUCAAGGAUGUCACCCACCUCACAGGCAUGAAUGACCUGCUCAACGUCCUGCAGAGCAUCCUGCUGCCUUUUGCUGUCCUGCCUGUCCUCACCUUCACCAGCCUGCACCCACUCAUGCAGGAUUUCAGCAACAGCCUCCCAGGGAAGGUGCUGAUGAUACUCAUCACGGGGCUGGUCUGCGCCAUCAACAUUUACUUCGUGGUGGACUUUUUGCCAACGCUGCAUGGCCUGGAGUACCACAUUCCCCUGGGCCUGCUGCUGGCUGCCUACGUGGCUUUCGUCGCCUACCUGAUCUGGACAUGCAGCAUCGCGCAUGGAGCCCGGUUCCUGGCCCGGGGCCACCACAGCCGGUUCAAUUUUGGUCUCGCCCUCGACCCAACAGGCACAUGGUGACAGAUCCCAUCCCUGCUUAUUAUCCCCACGUCCCUGUCCAGCGCGGCCUCCUCACACCGGACACGGAUUUGCUGCCACUCCGUGUCCGGGAAUGUUUUAGCCAGAGAUGCACGGCAGACCUCCCCCCAAGAUCUUAGCGCUCAGCGCUUCUCCCCACCCGCAACGCCGCCAGUUCCGGGGUGCUGGUCCAGGCUCGAUGCGAGAGGAGUGGGAUAGCAGCGGGAGGUUCUCCCGGCCCUUGGCACAGACAGCUUCAGUGAAGGAGCCGCGGCGGAGACUUCCCCGGCUCGUUAUUGCCGGGAACCGCCGGCCCCCGGGACCGCUAAUCUGCGCUGGGGACCUCUAAUUACCGCGGGGACCGCUAAUUACCGCGGGGACCGCUAACCACCCCCUACCGCCCGGGACCGGCCCCAUCCCCACGGGGACUCCGAAACUCGGG